ACCAAUAAAUCUCAAACCCCUUGUUUGAUCGGCUCAACGACUUAACGCGAUUUGAAAACCUUGAGUGAAGUUAUAUAUGUUGGUGAUGAAGUUUACUGCAAUGGUGGUGUCAUUCUGCCUAGCUCAUUGGCAUAGCAUCCUAAAGCUAGAGAUAGUCAUGCAACUUGAAACGCAGUUUCCAUUUCUCCUCCUUCUAUUUUGGUAGUUACAUUCUUCAACCGUACUUGUAGUGACUAACUGAUCCGGCCAGCGUAUUAUCUGGUUGUUCAUUGUUGAAGGCAAAUAAUAAAGGAGAGUUGACGAGUCUUGAGAAACUUCCCGUUGAUUGAUGUGACCACUCAAACAAAACAGAAAGCAUACCAAUGUUCGUUACAAAGAAAGCAAAAUCCGGACGAAUUUACACUUAACUGUUGCUUGCUGAGUGUCUACACGGAGGCUAAGGUCCAGAACAUAACGUGAGAUGAAAUAGCAAUAACAAGCCAGGUUCCUAAAGCCAGGAUUAUGGAGAUCUCGAAUCUGCGACAUGGGAGAUUCUCUUGGGCCUUGCAGAACUCCAAGUCCCUUGCGUACAGAACUACAACGCCGGCUGAUGAACACGCUGCAGCAAGUGACAACAUAGCUGUUACCUGCAGAAUCCCAGCACUAUCGUUAUGCACAGCUGCAAAAACAGACGCAAUUGGAAGGAAAAAGGCAUACAACGUUUUCAACUGAUAACGCAGAUGAUACUAAACGUAUAAGCUGAGAAAAUUUGCACUACUCCUGCUAAGCAACAUUAGUGGAACAAGUUCAUUGAAUAGCAUAGUUUCUUUCUAUCACCAGUAGUGCAGAAGAUCCUGGAAUUUGAUAGGCUUUUCUUGCUAUGGUUACGAAGUGACCGAAAUGGAAGACUAGCUAAAGAGGAGAGUUGGUGAGAGUUAAGUACCCAAUCCCCUACGACAAAUAGGCUCACAAGGACAGGAUUCUGAAGGUCUUUCUUUCUCCUCAACGCGUAAAUGUCGAGACAUGCAAGUCCAAAGCUCCAUAGGAGUUGAAGGCCCAUUGAUGCAAUCAAAUAGCUGAACAAGAGAACAAGUAUCAGCAUCACAAACAAGUGUUUACUUGUUCACUUCCAAAAUGCAUAACAGCAGCAGAAAGACUUGAGUGCAAAUGCCGAACCAGAGAUGCAAAGACAGCAGGAGCUUGAAUGGCAUUCAGUCGAAAAAUAACCAAACUGAGACCUUAUCUACCCACUUGGAAAUUGGAAAUCACACACCUUCGUAAGUUAUAAAACAAGACUACUAAGAAUCUCAUAUACGCAGUGCAUAGUUCAAACCUCCACUCAAAAUUUGAAUCAAUGAACCUAAGCCCAGAUUGUAAGUUCCUUAAACUGGAGUACUGAAGUACAAAUGUAAGAACAAAAGCUCACACAGCCUAGUAAAACAAGACCCAGGGGAAUUUCUCGCUCGAUUUUAGGAUUUCACAUUUGGCAAACAGCAUGAACUUCCUGGAGGGCACAUACAUAAUCAAAUGCUGCAAUGCUUCGUUGAUUGGUAUUUUAGGCUCUUAUUUCUUUGAGAGAUAAAAAGCUAGCUGCAAAGUGAAGACAGCAAGUGAAAUCGUACCAGAAAGCGGUGUAGCUAGAGAAGCCAUUGGCAGAGACCAUAACCCCAAUAGAAGCAGCAGCGAACGCACAUUGCCCUAUUCUGAGUAGCAACCCGCUCACCGUCCCUGGACUCCCUAACAGCUCCUUCAUUUCCCCAACCUCGACAACUAUUUUCCCUGCUUCUUCGAUCUAGCCAAAACCCAAACGAGGACGUCCUUCUCUUGGCUGAAAGACACCCUUCUGAGUGUGGUAAGAUCCCUAGCUACUCAGCAUCUCCGCCAUUGAUGCAAAAUCUGGGCUGGCCCAACUGGGGGGUCACAGGAGCAAAUGCUUUGAGAUGUAUCUACAAAUCUGGAUGGAGGGAGGGAGGGAGAAUCCUUCUCUUGGCUGAAAGACACCCUUCUGAGUGUGGUAAGAUCCCUAGCUACUCAGCAUCUCCGCCAUUGAUGCAAAAUCUGGGCUGGCCCAACUGGGGGGUCACAGGAGCAAAUGCUUUGAGAUGUAUCUACAAAUCUGGAUGGAGGGAGGGAGGGAGAAUCGUUUCCCGUUUAGAAGAGGACAGUGGACGAUGGAUCCAUUCUCUUUUGGCCGUUAGAGGUCGGGAUUCGGGGCAUGUUUUUUUAUUUUCAUUUUUCAAAUUGUCGAUGAAGUGCAAGGGAUUGCAAGUCCUACGUGGUUUUUCUUUUUCCCGUUUUCAUUUUUUAUAGCUCCAAUGUUUAACUUUUUCUUAAUAUUUGAAUAUUCUUCUAUAUAUAACUGAAUUACUAUUCGUAACUCAACUACGAGUUAUUCACCGUCCUAAAUUGAUAAUUAGAUUUUUGUCAUUCCUUCUAUUUUAUAUUAAAAAUUCAAAACCUCU